AUGACGCUACUUUUGGGACCUCCAAGCUCGGGUAAGAGCACGUUGCUUAAGGCGCUAGCGGGGAAGCUUGAGGAAAAUCUUAAGGAGAUUGGAGAGAUCACAUAUUGUGGGCACGAGCUUAGGGAGUUCGUGCCUCAAAGAAGUUGUGCGUACAUAAGCCAACACGAUCUUCACCAUGGGGAGAUGACUGUAAGAGAAACCUUGGAUUUCUCGGGUCGUUGCUUUGGCGUUGGCGCGAGGUAUGAAUUGUUGGCCGAGCUCUCGAGGAGGGAAAGGGAUGUUGGGAUUAAGCCGGAUCCGGAGAUUGAUGCUUUCAUGAAAUCCAUCGCCGUGGCCGGGCAAAAAACGAGCUUGGUCACCGAUUAUGUGCUUAAGAUUCUAGGAUUGGAUAUUUGUGCCGAAACUAUGGUUGGCGACGAGAUGCGAAGAGGCAUCUCCGGCGGGCAAAAGAAGCGUGUCACCACGGGAGAAAUGUUGGUCGGGCCGGCGAAGGUGUUCCUCAUGGAUGAGAUCUCAACCGGUCUCGAUAGCUCGACGACGUUCCAAAUCGUCAAGUACAUGAGGCAAAUGGUGCAUAUAAUAGACAUUACCAUGAUCAUCUCCCUUCUCCAACCUGCCCCUGAGACAUUCGAUCUAUUUGACGAUAUAAUCCUCUUGUCCGAAGGACAAUUAGUGUACCAAGGUCCACGUGAAAACAUCCUCGACUUCUUCAACAGCAUAGGCUUCAAAUGCCCCGAGAGAAAAGGCGUCGCGGACUUCUUACAAGAAGUAACCUCAAAAAAAGACCAAGAACAAUAUUGGUCAAGAAAACACGAACCUUAUCAUUACAUCUCGGUCUCGGACUUUGUCAAACACUUCAAAUCCUAUUACAUCGGACAAAAGCUUUUCUCCAAGCUCGGUGUCCCUUACGACCGGAGCAAAGCCCAUCCCGCCGCCUUAGUAAAGGAAAAAUACGGUAUCUCGAACAAGGAGUUGUUCGAGGCAUGUCUGUCGAGGGAAUGGCUACUCAUGAAGCGCAACGCCUUCGUUUACAUCUUUAAGACAGUCCAGAUUACGAUCAUGGCGUUCUUUACAUUCACGGUCUUUUUUAGGACAACCAUGAAAGCGGGACAUAUAGACGACGGAGGGAAAUUCUACGGCGCGCUUUUCUUUAGUCUCCUUAAUGUAAUGUUCAACGGAAUGGCUGAGCUGGCAAUGACUAUUUUUAGGCUUCCCGUCUUCUUUAAGCAAAGAGACGCUCUGUUUUAUCCGGCUUGGGCUUUCGCCCUCCCGAUUUGGCUUCUUAGGAUUCCCAUCUCAUUUAUGGAGUCGGGAAUAUGGAUCCUUCUGACUUAUUACACCGUUGGAUUCGCUCCGGCCGCGAGCAGGUUCUUUAAACAGUUCUUGGCGUACGUCGGGAUUCAUCAAAUGGCGUUAGGCUUGUUUCGAUUCAUCGCGGCGCUUGGACGGACUCAGGUUGUUGCAAACACUCUCGGCACCUUCACGUUAUUGCUGGUCUUUGUGCUCGGUGGAUUUAUCAUCGCCAAAGAUGACCUUCAGCCAUGGAUGAAAUGGGCUUACUAUCUGUCUCCUAUGUCAUACGGACAAAAUGCGAUUGUUCUUGUCGAGUUUCUUGAUCCCAGAUGGUCUUCGCCAAACGACGAUCCAAGAUUCGCCGGAAGUACAGCCGGGAAGGAGCUUCUUGCCGCGAGGGGAAUGUUCACCGAAGAACAUUGGUAUUGGACAUGUGUCAUUGCACUCUUCGCAUUUUCUCUCUUCUUCAACCUCUGUUUCGUUGCGGCUCUUACAUACUUGAAGCCCUUAGGCGAUUCCAAAUCCGGCGGUUCAAAAUCCGAUGAUGAAGAAAACAAGAAAAAUAGGGCGGCGAAUAGAAGAGUCGCGACAGAGCAAACGAACGAAGACAGCAAACGUGGAAUGGUUCUUCCAUUCAAACCGCUGUCGCUCUCGUUCGAUCAUGUUAACUAUUACGUCGACAUGCCACCGGAAAUGAAAGGCCAAGGCGUCGAGGAGACGCGCCUCCAGCUUCUGAGGGAUGUGAGCGGCGCUUUCCGGCCGGGAGUCCUAACUGCUUUAAUGGGUGUAAGUGGCGCCGGAAAAACUACAUUAAUGGAUGUAUUAGCCGGAAGAAAAACCGGCGGAUACAUCGAAGGCGACAUUAAGAUAUCCGGUUACCCGAAAAAUCAAGAGACAUUUGCUCGCGUGAGCGGAUACUGCGAACAAAACGACAUCCAUUCGCCACACGUAACAGUCUACGAGUCCCUUUUGUAUUCGGCAUGGCUUCGUCUUCCCGCCGAUGUAAACAAAGGAACGCGACAGAUGUUUGUCGAAGAAGUGAUGGAGUUAGUCGAGCUGAAUCUUUUGAGAGGCUCGUUGGUCGGUCUCCCGGGAGUCGAUGGAUUGUCAACAGAACAGCGAAAGAGGCUAACCAUUGCUGUCGAGCUAGUUGCAAAUCCGUCGAUUAUUUUUAUGGAUGAGCCGACAUCGGGGCUCGAUGCAAGGGCAGCAGCUAUAGUCAUGCGCGCAGUAAGGAACACGGUGGACACGGGGAGAACAGUAGUUUGCACGAUACACCAGCCGAGCAUCGAUAUUUUUGAAGCAUUCGAUGAGUUGCUUCUAAUGAAGAGAGGAGGACAAGUGAUCUACGCCGGCGCUCUUGGUCGAAACUCUCAGCUUUUGAUAGACUACUUCGAAUCUAUCCCGGAAGUUUCCAAGAUCAAAGACGGUUACAACCCGGCGACGUGGAUGUUAGAAGUUAGCUCCUCUUCGGUCGAAGCUCAACUUGGAGUAGACUUUGCGGAAAUAUACUCCAACUCAGAUCUAUAUAGGAAUCAAGAACUCAACAAAGAACUAACCACAACAACUCUCGAUUCCGAAGACCUCUUCUUCCCGACAAAAUACUCCCAACCGUUCUUCGUCCAAUUCGCAGCUUGCUUUUGGAAGCAACAUUGGUCGUAUUGGCGAAAUCCGCAAUACAAUGUGAUUCGAUUUUUUAUGACAACAGUCAUCGGGAUCAUAUUCGGAGUCAUAUUUUGGGACAAAGGCAAAAAAAUGCACAAGCAACAAGACCUAUCAAAUCUCCUCGGAGCAAUGUACGCCGCCGUUCUAUUCCUCGGAGGGACUAACACCUCAGCCGUCCAAUCCGUAGUAGCGAUCGAACGGACUGUGUUCUAUCGCGAAAGAGCAGCCGGGAUGUUUUCAGCCUUGCCGUAUGCCUUCGCGCAGGUGAGCGUCGAGACUAUUUACAUCGCGAUCCAAACGUUCGUCUAUAGCCUCUUAUUGUACUCCAUGAUCGGAUUUGAGUGGGGCGCGACGAAGUUCUUGUGGUUCUACUACUAUGUGUUCAUGUGCUUCGUGUACUUCACGUUGUAUGGAAUGAUGCUCGUCGCGCUAACGCCGAGCUACCAAAUCGCGGCCAUCGUAAUGUCCUUCUUCCUUAGCUUUUGGAACCUCUUCUCCGGCUUCCUCAUCCCGAGAAUGGAAAUCCCGAUAUGGUGGCGGUGGUACUAUUGGGGGUCGCCGGUGGCGUGGACAAUAUACGGGCUUGUAACAUCGCAAAUCGGGGAGCAUAUGGAGCUUGUGGAAGUGCCGGAUCACGGGCGGAUGCCAGUGAAGGAGUAUUUGAAGAAGUUCUUGGGGUAUGAUUCGGACUUCCUCGGGUAUGUCGCCUUGGCACAUGUCGGAUGGGCUCUUCUCUUCUUCUUCGUCUUCGUCUAUGGAAUCAAAGUGCUCAACUUUCAAAGAAGAUAGAGAUGAAAAUAGAAAUUGAGAUAU